AUGGCGAAAGCCAACUUGACAUCGUAGAGGUCAAUACAAUUUUUUUAUUUUUAAAAUUUUUAAUUUAAUUUUAGGAACAAGUUUUAUCAAAAUUCAGUAACGCGAUGAUCGCCGUAAUUAAAGUGUUGUGUAACUAAGUAAUUAAGUGAAAAAGAAAAUCACAAUAAUCCCACUCACAUUCUCCAACAAGUUUUAAUUUUCUUUCUAAAUUCCGAAGCGAAAGUAAAUAAUCGAAUAUUGAAAAACAACAGCAACAAGUCAACCGAAAUGGAAGCAAUGCAAUACGAAAUGGCAAGAAACAUGACCCUUUUAUUCUUCUUCGAAAGGCUUUUGGAUAAAGGCGAGCCCAGGACUUUGCACGAUUUGAGCUGCCAAUUCGGCUCUAAAGGCUUCACCAAGGAAAUGCGACAGAUAGCCGGGGGCAGCCAAAGCGGCCUUAAGAAAUUUCUGACUCAAUAUCCAUCCCUAUUUUGCAUGGAUGGCGACUAUGUUAUGGUGAAUACUUUCCAACAUAGCAGCAGCAAAGACAGUCCUGGAAAAGACUACACGACCCAAGCGGUGGAAUAUUUUUCGGAAAAGCUCGCCCAAUACGGCGAAGGCACCGAAGUGCCCAUCCGAAGCCUGCUGGGACACCGGUCGCAGGCCAGCCCGGAGGUGCGCCACGUCUCCGGCCAGCACUUCCACGAAUUCAGGGAGUUCCUGGCCAAGCACCCCGACCAUUUCACCGUCGACGAAGAAAAAGAAACGGUCAUCUUGGCGAAUUUCGAAUCGGUGAAGAGCCACUGCCCGCCGGAGUUGCACUUCCAGCCCGACGUGAAGAUCGAUCCGCAGGAGACGCAGGCCCUGCUCGAUUUCCUCGCGCAGUGCAUCGAGGUGAAGGGCCCCAUACUCGUCGAGCAGCUGUUCCAGAUCGUCAGCUGCAAUCUGCCCGAGAACAUGUGGUCGAACCUGUUCAACACCCCCACGCAGCUCACCAGUUUCCUGCGAUUGUUCUCCGAUAGCUUUCACAUCCAGGCCAAUCUGGUGACGCUGCUGCAACAGCCGAAGAUCAGCCAGAAGCACAUGAUGGCCCAGGUGGAUUUGAUCAAGGAGAGCAAGAAGAGCAACGAGGAUAUCAAAAACGCCAAAAAUUUGAGCGUCGAUGUCAGUAAUCAAGCCUGCGAAAGUAAAAUCGAUAAGGUGGAACCGAAGGAAAAAUCGUCGAGUCCCGUCGAAAAGGAUAAACCGUCGGCUCAACUCUCGCCCAGAUCGAUUAGCGACAGAUUGAAACAGCCGAAAUUACAACAGAAAAUCAACGAGGCCAAUGCCAAGUGUUCGAGUCCCGAACCGCCCGUAUCGCCCCUUCGUUCACCUUCCGUUUCUACCGUUAACAAUCAAACCGACGAUAAGAAUAACAUUAAUUUUAGAUUAGGUAAUGGCAAUAAACAGAAUUGCGAAGCCCAAGACGAUCGAAACGCCUCGCAAAAACCGCCAUCGAAAUCGAAUUCCACGUACAACCAGAGCCUGAAGCAGCGCAUAAACAAUCUAGUCCUGAAAACGUUGCAGGAAAACACCGGUCGCGAACGCCAAUCAAUGAUGAACCAACACGCGACGCAUACCAUGGACUCGUGGAAAACCAAGCUCUUCCAAAACACCAGGGUAAUUUGCACGACUAAAGAAUGCCAAGUGGUGAUCGACGAUCUGAUCACCAGGGCUUCGAAGGUACCGAUCAACACAACCUGGCCGUUCACUCCCAAUCGCAUGACGGUGGCCUUCGAUUGCGAAGGCGUCAGUUUAGGCAACAAAGGUCAAUUGACUCUUAUGCAAAUCGCCACGAUGACCGGUUUUUCGUACGUCUUCGAUUUAAUCUCCUGUCCCGAAAUGAUCGAUCACGGUCUAAAGAAGCUUCUAGAAAGCGACUACAUUAUCAAGGUGGUGCACGAUUGUCGAAACGAUUCGGUGAAUCUGUUCAAUCAAUACAACAUAACGAUGCGCAUGGUGUUCGACACGCAAGCCGCCCACGCCAUUCUGACCUACCAGGAGACCAACAAGCCGGUGUACAAGGUGAAAAGCAUAGCGUUGAACGCGCUCUGCGAGCAUUACGGCGCCCCGGUGAAUCCGGUCAAGGACCAGCUGAAGAACAUCUACAAACGAGACCAGAAGUAUUGGUCGCGACGGCCGCUCAGCAGGGAGAUGAUACUGUACGCGUCGGCGGACGUGUUGAGCCUCACGCACGAGAAGAUCUACCAUUACAUGAGCAAGAGCAUCAAGGAGGAGAACAGGGGGUUGAUGUUGGAGUUGUGCGACGAGCAGAUACAAAUGAUUAUAAACCCGGACGCGGUGAAAAUGAAGAAGCGCCAGAGGAAAACCGAAACGGAGGUGUCCGAGCUGCGCCUGAAGCUGGCCCAGGCGACGAAGAGCGUGGUGUUGAGCAACCGAGAGGUGCGACUGUUGCGCUACAUCGAACUGACCGACGACGAAAAGGAGAAGCUCAAGUCGUCGGCGAAGGUGGCGAAGAAGCUGGAGAAAUUGGAGAGCCUCGGCCAGGACCGCGACGCCGACAGCUCCGACGACGACGACCAGGACUAUCCGAGCCUCGACAGCGACGCGACGUCGCCGCGAAACUCGGAGCCGACCAGUCUGACCGAGUCGAUGCAGCUGGUCGAUUCGAUAUUGAACGACAGCAAAUUGGACCGGUUGGAUAAGAUCGAGAAGCUCGAAUCGAUAUUGAGCAGCGCCGCGGCGUUGCAAAACGAGCCCGACGCGACGGCGACGGCGACGCCGGGCGGCGGUCGGUGCACGUGCAGUUGCCAUUGUAAAUUGAAUAACGGGUACAAGCAGGAGAGGGUCGUCUCGCCGACGAACGAGUACGUGAGCGGCGUGAGGGACGACGAUCCGGGCGUCGUGAAGGAGAAUCACGCGAACGUCGGGACGCAGACGCUCAGCACCGGCGAUAUCGUCGUGACUAAGAUUUAUUUUAACGAAGCUACGGAAUUAUGAAAUGGGUACGUGUAUUAUUAUUUUUUUUUUUUUCGUUUUGUUUUGUUUCGUAUUGAAUAAUCCUUACGUCACGGUACUAAUGUGUAGAGACAGAAGAGGGUAUUAUGGUAAGACUUAACGAUCACGAGAAACUAAUGCUCAAUAACACAAUAUCAUAAUCGAGACGUCAUUUACUGUGCAUGAAAGCUAUUAUCGAAAUUUAUUAACGAGUAUUAUGGCUCUUGAUAUUAAAUGAUUUGUAAGCAAUACUUCCAAAACCCCUUGCACAGUAUUGAGAAUUGUUUAUUAGAGAUUGAGGUAUAAUAGAAAAAAGAAGUAGAUUUUUAGUCACUUUUGCAAAGGUUUUAUCUUAACUCCUAUUUUUUAGAAAAUUGAUCUGAUUUUUUUUCAAAGACUGAUGUCUAAAAAGUACAAUUUUUUUCAAAAAAAAAUACGAAUAUCAUUCCAUAAUUUUUGUCCAUUGGAAAUAAAACGUCAGUGCCUUUUAUAAAAAAAAAAGAAUUUUUAAAUUGAAUCAAAAUCGAAUUUAUUGUUGUGUAUUGUUACUAAUAAUCAAUUUAUGAUUUUAUAAAUAAUUUUUUAACUUUCCUAAGACAUCUGCUUUUUAUAUCUCUGUUUCUAUUAUUUAAUAGUGCCACAGAUAUUUAUUUAUUAGGGGAUGUCUAUGAAGAAAUCAAAUUAUAAAAUUUUAUCAAUACCGUCAUUAAUUUAUUCGUAGACAUCCGCUAUUUUUUAGUUAUUUUAGCUGCCAUAUUUUAUACAAUUUUAUUUUAAUUGACGACACGUGAUAGUUAAUAAAAUAUGCGACUUGAAUUAUUUUAGAAAUCAUCCUAAAAUUGAAAUCUUAAACAUACAACAAUUAACAAUUUUUACUUCAACCAAAUACAUCUUACAUUUAAAAUGAGAAAAUAAUUGUUUGUAUGUAUUUUUAACCGAUUGUUAAUUAAUUAUACAUGGUGAACAUUUUACGUAUCCGGGAAUGUUUAAUUUUAACAUUAAAAUCGAAUUCUUGUUAAAUUUUGCACAUAAAUUAAGUAAAUAUAAUUUAUCGUUACUUCAGCCUGUGUGAUUUUAGGACUGAGACAACACGAUGUUGCGUUUAAAAUUUAUUUGAUAAUUGUUUUUAAUUUUAUAUGUUAUUCUAUUUUCAUGUUGGACGAUCAUUGAAAUGUAUAUGUGCACUACAAUAAUUUUAUUGAAGUGAUUAAUUCUUAUGGAACGUUAAGGGAACAGGUUCGAAGACGAUAGAGUAAUUAAAAAUAUUUAGAUUAAUAUAAAAUUAUUCAUUUAAAUAGUCACGACGGGUCAUAAGAGGUUAUUACUUCAAUAUAAAAAUUAAUAAAUGACAUAUACACAUUUAUAAGUGUCAUUUAUAAAUAUAUACACACUUAUAAAAGAGAUAUUUAAACGAUAUUUUAUUAGUGAAUUAAUUAUUAAAUAAAUACGUCUUUCCAUCUUAAAUUAUACUUUAAGAUUGUUAAAGAUUGUUAAUGGAAAUUAUAACAAAAAAAGCAAUAAUUAUGUAUUAAUUUAAUAUACAUCUUCUUUGCUGGUAAGGGUUUGUAAUACUACUUAUUUAUUAUAACAAAUUAUAUGUUGUUUGUAAUAUUGUGUUAACUAGAAAUUAUACAAUAUAUAAGAUAUUUUUUGUCAAUUUUAUUAAACCAUUCGGAUUAGUAAUUUUAUCGUGCAACGAACCAAAUAAGUUUUAAAAUGUUAAAAAAUAUAUAUACCCGUCUUCCCUUACUUCACGCACUGAUUAGUACGUUCAAAAUGAAAAGAUUACUUAUUAAUUUGACUCCACGACUUCCAAAGGAGGACAAUUGUAAUGCCUAAUAUUUCUCGGCAUUACCAUAUUAUGCUGAACAGCAGCCAAACCUUUCAUAUAUUCGCUUACCGCUUUUAUUAAGUGAUCGGGCACAACACCUCCUAUUCCCGGUACUUUGUCAACCCAGACUUCGAUGUUUUCAGCAGAUUUCUAAAAACAUAAGCAAGCGCUCUUUACUUCUUCCUGGUCUUAAGACCUCAGCUACUUAGGUUAUUCAGGCAAUAUAUUUUACUUACAUCUUUAGCAGUAGUGACUCCGGGCACUUCUUGUUCGCUUUUCUCUUCCGCGACUUCCUCCUCGGCUUUCUCGACGACCUCCUCUUCCUUGUCUUUAAAUUCUUCUAUAGCGAUUUGCUGCGAUCCCGUCAACGGCAUCUCCUCCAACAACCUGCACUUGUACUUUUCCAAUUCCUCGUCCAUUUCGCCCGGUAGUUCUUGUUGCAACGCCUAACAGACGAUAUUGAAACUCCCGCGGUAAUUUGAAUCCUACAGCAAUACCUUCAACCUUUCGAGAUCCUCCUCCAGCGUUUUCUCGUCUUCGACGACGUGCCGAGCCACCAUCUUUCGCGUCGGCUCCCCGGUGAUCGUAUCCUCGGAUUUGUACUCGGCGGUCGACUUGGCUUCCGAUUUCCUUUCGUCGAUGAUGGUGACUUCUUCGCCCAGUCCUUCUCCUUCGUCCUCGC